CGCAAACCCAGCAUGCGAUAUUAAAUGGGAGUCAACAAUUAUGAAUUUUAAUUACUCUUUACUGGAAAGUCAUACCUUUAAGCACUCUACAGCGUUAAAAAUUAGUUUCAAAGCUUCCAAUGAAGAUUAUGGAAAACGAAUAAGAUGUAGUACUGAAUGUCAAUACUUCCAGAAUACUCUUACAAAUUCUACAAAUGUCAUAUUCGCAAAAAAGCCAAAAGUUGUUAUAAAUUCAACCCCAGUAUUACCUGUUUCACCAAAAACCUACAUAGUUCUCACUUGUGCUGCAAAUUCCCAUCCUGUUGGAAAUAUCACUUGGACGAUGGUGAAAACAUCUCAUUCAUUAUUUGCACAAACAACGUUGUGUUACAAUACAUCAACAUGUAUUUAUGAACUUACUACAUCUGACGUUGAACAGGAGUAUGAGUGCAUUGCAAACAAUGAACAUGGCAGUGACAGAGGAUCUAUAAUUGUUACAGUUCAGGAACGUAAAGAGAAAAAAGAACUGAUACAAAGUGAACGAGGAAGUUUUUUAUGGAUAGUAGUUUCUGUUAUUGCUGUUGUCACUUUAGGAAGUUUUGUCCUGAUUGUGUGCGGAUGUCGUAAGCGCUGGAAUAGGGUGUACGAGAAUAUUAAUACACAUCAAGUACGGAAUAUGUACCAAGGCAUUGCAGUCACUUCUUUAAACAGGCCUACUGAGUUAGACGAAACGACGUCCCCAAGAGUUUAUGAUGAGAUUGACGAAAACAACUUGUCAAUGGUACAGGCUGAAACUAGUUUGACGACAGAUGAGACUGGAAAUAAUCAAAUCCAGAGAGAAAAUAGUAAAACGUAUGAUACGAUAAGCGAAACAAUCUCGACAGGUACACAUACCAGUGAAAUGACACAUGACUACUCAGCGCCAACGAAUCUAGGAAGUUUAAGACAGGAAACAGACUCGGAAGGAAGGGAAGGCUACUUACAUGUGAUUUAUGAGUUACAUUAAAACGAAAUAAAAAAACACAACAAUGGACUUAAACAGGUUGAAAUAAUGUUACAGGCUAUAUUUCAAGCAAACAUAUUAAGCAAUAAAUACAUUUUAGCAUGUUCGGACAACUGCAGUAAGAUAACAAUCCGAUUUUCCUUGUAUAUGAAGUUAGGCAUACUAUCUAUCGACAUAUGUGUAUACUAUGUUAAUUGUUUGUAUCAGAAUUACUUGAAUUGUUUUGUUUAAAUUUUCUUCUACCUUUGUAGUGGUAUUUGUCGUAAAGCUACUUGCGUGUUUAGUUCAUCUGCAGCUUAUUGUAUAUAGCUUGAAUGUAUUUUAUAUGGACUUAAACGAUGGGAUGGAUAUUGCAGUUUCUGUUUCAAUACUCGUUUUAUCUUAUUGUUAAUGUAUUUUUAAGAAAUAAA